GUACCGACAGGUCAGUUGUGAUUUUUGACUUAGUUGCUGGUUUUUUAAAAGUCUUUACCUCCCUCCUGUUAAUGUUUAUAUUUUUUUCCCAGCGGAGCUUGUUAGGUAGACCACUGUCUCAUGCAGGAGAUUCUCUCAGUCAGUAAAUGGCCGAUCAGCAUGAGUCCGUCAGCCUCAGUCCUCCCCAGGCGGACCGUGCAACAGCUGCAGGACACAGCUGGUUCCCUGGCCCACCUCCACCCAUGUAUUCCUGCACCUUGACCCCUGAACUGGUGGCCAAAGCACGGGAAGAGCUCCAGGAGAAGCCCGAGUGGCGCCUACGAGAUGUCCAAGCACUGAGAGACAUGAUUCUUAAGGAACAUCCCAAUCUCAGAACCCGACUGGACGACGCCUUCCUCCUGCGCUUCCUGCGGGCCAGGAAGUUCGACUACGACCGCGCUCUUCAGCUGCUGCUGAAUUAUCACGCUGGCCGUAAAACCUGGCCGGAGGUCUUCCAGGACCUGAAGCCAUCCACGGUCAAACAUGUCCUGGACCUGGGUUUCCUCACGGUCCUGCCGAGGCCCGAUCCCAACGGCAGAUACAUCCUCUUCCUCCGGCCAGGAAAAUGGAAGCCAAACGACUAUCCGUUUGUGGACAACGUGCGGGCCCUUUAUCUGACCCUGGAGAAGCUGAUCCAGCCGGAGGAAACGCAGGUGAACGGGUUGGUCAUCCUAGCCGACUACACUGGGGUGGGAAUGUCGCAAGCCUCCAAUCCAGGUCCCUUUCUUGCCAAAAAAAUUGUGAGCAUCCUCCAGGAUGGCUUUCCCAUCAGAAUCAAGGCCGUUAACAUAAUUAACGAGCCCCGGAUUUUCAAAGGCAUCUUCGCUAUAAUCAAGCCUUUCCUGAAGGAGAAGAUGGCAGAGAGGUACGUUCUGCACGGCUCCGACUUGCGCUCUCUGCACCGGAACAUCCCGCCGUCGGUUCUGCCAGAGGAAUACGGCGGCACCGCCGGCCGGCUGGACAUGAGCGCCUGGUCGAGGCUGCUGCUGGACUGCGAGGAGGAUUUUGUGGUGGAGUUCUGCCAGCCGGAUCCACUAGAGGGCGUGGUGCUCCCAGACUCCAUGCUGUGUGAAGGGGAGCAGGCAGGAGGGCGGGAGGAGGACGGCUUCAGGGCGUUGCGCUCUCAACUUUACUACUGCUACUGACGCUCACACAGCCACAGGACUUCUUCUGUUUCAUCUGAAACAUGAGCAGAAACUUUUAUAGGGCAAGUUGCCAAUACUCCACAUGAUUUAUUUUACUAACUAAACAGCACUACACUAUUUAAAAUUUGCUCAAUUUUAGAGGAAGUCCAGCAUUCAGGCAUUGCUCCAAGGCAGCUCAUUCGGUGUGUUCACUCUUCAUCUUAUUAUCUUCACUGAUAGUUGUGUGCUUGGAGAGUACUUGUUUAUUUAAUGAUCUCGCACAUUACAAAAACACAAAAUCCUACCAAGUAGCUUUGUUCUAGUUUCUAGUGCAAAUACCUCAGUAAACUAACUUAUAAGUAUCUUUUUGUCAAGCUAUAGGAGCUUGUUUUAAGUCAAUAAUUUCUUAAUAUAGAUUAAAAAAAUAUUAGUUCCACUGGCAGAUUACUUCACUUAUAACAAAACAUUAUUCCCACAUUUUGAGUGAAAUAAUCUGCAAAUGCAACAAUCAAUUUUUUAUCAAUUUUAAGGAAAUUUUGACUUAAAACAAGCUUCUAUAUCUUGAUGAAAACUUAUUUUAUUAAGAUAUUUGCACUAGAAAUGAGAACAAUGUUUUUGCAAUGCAAGAAAUUUACCAAAACACAGAUUUGGCUUUACUUUACCAUUUAGAUAGAGAAAAGGUGUGCAUUUACUUUAAAAUAUAAAUAUAAUCAAGAUGCAAGCAUCUUACUGAUGGAAAACACCAGGAAACUCAAUUAAAAUGUUAAUUGGAUUUUUCUCCGUUACUAAAACUCACUCUAGAUGGAGUAUAUUUACCGGCAGCUGACUCUAAAUAAUAAGUGAAAUUAAAAACAUUUUCAUGGCCAUUUUUUGGAAGUUUGCUUCCUAAAAUUCCAUAUUUCCUAUCUAAUUAUGUUCAGAUGAUUAGAAAUUCUACAACUAAUUUAAAUUUCUUCGAAAAGCAUCAAUCUAGUUUUUUUCUGGCCAAUUCUGAUUUUCUUUUUCAUUUUGACCAAGUCAGUUUUUUUGUUUUCUGGAAGGACUAUAAACACUUAGACUAAGAAAAUAAGACUAAGACAAAUCCUAGUCUUAUUUCUAGGAAUCUCUUAAAAGUCCUCUUAACUGGUGCAUUUAUAAACCAAAAAUGGUUGGAGUUUAAAGUUCUGUUGCAUUCAAUGACUAAGAAAAAGUAAAGUAUUUUCCAUUUUUGUCAGUCGAGCAAAAACUGGUCAAUGAAUUUUAUUUUUUAGCUCCUGUCUGUCAGUGUUACGUUUCAGUUUAUAACCACGAAGCUGAAUAUGUUUUUUUAUGUGUAGCCAUUGAAAACAUUGCCUUAAAUUUAUUUUUUUAUGCCACACUUGUUUGCACCAAAGCAAUAUGUGUGUUAUCGUCCAGAGUGUUUGAAAUAAAACGUAAGUGACUGCUAGUUCAGUUGAAUGUUUAGGGUUUAGAGUUUAGUAUUUGGGCUUGUUUAUUUUUCUAAUUUUGGUAAUUGCCUUAUAUAGUCAUAUUAGCAUAUUUUAGGUUUAUUUGUCUUAUCAUGCAGUCUUAAUCUGUUAAGUCACAUGACUAUUGAGAUCUGAUUUGCCAAAUUGUACUUAAAAGUGCAAUAAUAUUGCAUUGUUCAUCUUGCAUCUGCUGAGUGCUUCUCUUCAGUCUUUUAUUUUUUAUAUUUCCAGCAUGUCUGUGACUGAGCUGUACUGUAUUGCAGGGUAUUUAUUGUUAACUGUUAAGACAGUAAAGCUAUUAUACAGAAAGUG